CAACAACUCCAAGUGGAUUUGAAUGACUUUGUUUUGUGUUUUCACCCACGUUACGCCCGAAAUCCCAGGUUUCCGCUGCAAUUCCCGCUCGUUUUCCGCCUCAGUUCUAAAGUGCUCUCCUUUCUGCCCACCGCAAGCAAUGGAUUCAGGUCAAGUGCUGUAACAAAAUUGCAUAAUUUCCGAAUUGUUGCCAUCGCGGGUACCCGCAGCCAUCGUCGCGGCCGCCACCACUCCAUUGGAAUGCAGUUCUGUUGUGGGGAUAAGAUUGCCCAACCUUGUCAAUUGCAUGCCCCGGGGCUGUAAAAUCUGUUGUGGAAAUUGCCGUUUGUGAGGAAUCCGCUCGUUCGCGAACCAAUUUACGCGAUGCAUCACCAUCACCGACGUCGAAAGAAACGUCCCAACUACGGAACCCGCACGGUGGAGGUGAGCCGCGGCUUCAACGGGUUCGGAUUCACCAUCUCCGGCCAAGCGCCGUGCAUUCUGUCAUGCAUUGUGGCCAACUCGCCCGCGGAUCAGGCUGGUUUGCGCGCCGGCGACUUCCUGAUCUCCGUGAAUGGGAUGAAUGUGUCCAAGUUGCCGCACGAGGCGGUUGUGCAGCUGAUUGGGAACUCGCUGGGGACCAUCAGGAUGCAGAUCGCCGAGCAUUACUUCUCGGACAGCUCGGACGAGGAGAACGUGGUCAGCCAGAUUAAUAGGGUGCGACCACGGUACCUCCAUCACAAACACAAAAUGAACAGACUCCGGAAUUCGCCCCAGAAAAGUCGGAAUAGUCCAAUAAAUGCUGGAGCCGAGCAGCCUAUUCCCUUGCAUCCGGUGAUCGAAGACGCACCGCCGUCUGUGGCGCACAAUAUCAUCCGUUCACCGAACGCGAGCACCUCCAAGGACAUCUCCAACGUCAGCGCCAUGGUCCGAAAGACGAGCGACGCCUCACAACCGGAGAUCAUGCCGAACGAGAACGUUUCGUUGGAAUAUCGUGCCAUUGUCGGGUAUCUGGGGACCAUUGAAAUGCCCAAGCAAAUCGCCACAAGCUCCAAGCUGCAGACGGUUCGGAGCUGCAUAAGGAAAAUGCGCCAGGAAAAGCGGAACCCCACCACCGUCCUCAUGACCAUUCUGCCCAACUGCUUGACCCUGAAGAAUGCCAAUGCAACCGUUUUGGCUACGUAUCCUUCCACGCGCUUGAACUACGUGAGCAGCUCCUCCGAGAGCGAGAACCGCUUCUUCGGUCUGGUCACGAGUGCCAUAUACGCCAGUAUCGAUGACGACCCUGUCCCCCUGGACGGGCUGGCUGCCAUCCCCCAUCACACGCGCGACGUUAUCAUCUCCAACAGUUGCCAUGUCUUCGUAGUGGAUACAAAAAUGUGUGAUCACGCCACGCACGAAUGCCGUGCGACUGAGUUCAAAAUUGUCUGUACCAAGGACCCGAUUUCGAAUCUCUGCCUGGAGUUCCCAAACAACUCGGAAUACGUCGUCAACUUGAUCCGAAGCAUGUACACUAUGAAAGUCCUGCCGCCCACUGUGCGCCACGCAGGGUCAGCGCGUCAAAAUGAACCCAACGCCGGACGAAAUGAAGCGUUCAUGCAAGCCAACUCACCGCAACCCAGCAAUCACAGCGAAAUCACCACGACCUCAUCCAACUCGGACUCAGGCAUUGGCUUCCACAAUGACUGCAACAACAUCUCUGAUCGAAUUCUCGUCGUUGACUUCCCUGGAUUAGUUAUGAAUCGCUCCAACAACCUGAAUAAUUCCCGACCGCACGCGAUCUGCAACAACAUCGAACCGGACCUGUCGCGGAAGGACUCCAUUCCGAUUGCGCAUGCCAAAUCCAAGUCGGCGGAUUUCAAUACGCGUCUCACUGUCCGUGCCAUGCCUGACCCAAAAAUGGUCAUCCCAUCGCCAUCCAAAAAGCAAGAAAUCCCGGAUCUUCUGGCCAGCUUCAAUGUGAAAAGUCCGGGGACCCUGACUGCCACUCGAUCUUGCGACGACGUUAUCACCUCCGUGGAAAGGAGCAUUGACUUCGUCCAGCACAAGGACAAGCGCCAACUCCAGAUGUCCAUUGACGACAUAACGAUGUUGGCAGGCAACAGCUCGGUUGCCGGGAAAUCAACAGACGGCGACUACGCGUUCCUUCAACCCGACAUGCCAGUGAAGAAGACCAAAAAGGCAGCAGUGGUUGAUGACUCGAAUUUAAUGUACAAAUUGAGCCCUAAAGUGUUUGGUGUGAAUCGUCCGAACUCGAUGAGUUUCGAGAAUCUACCGCGGAGUGUGGAUCGGGGUGGACAAAGUGUUGAUGGACAAUGUGGUGAACAGACCACCUUGGAGGCUUUCGAAGUUUGGGGCAGUUUGCAGGAGUUGCGCAAUGCGGAGGAUCUGGAAAGACCGAAUGUGCUGGAAGGGACGUACAGCGAACCCGAGUUGAUGUCUCGAGCCUUUCCAUCAACGGGAACAUCACCAUUCCGUCGCUGGGGUCAAUCAUCAUUUCGUAGCGCUCGCGUUCCCGAGACUCGAAACUCUCUAGCACGUCGUCCUUCCUCCUUAGCAGCCUCCGAAAAUGAUGUCUACACAAAAUCCAUUGAUGAUUACAAUCAUGAUUUGGACUCUAAUCGAAGCCAAAGUGAAGAAAUUGCACAAAGUUCAUCACAGCAAAAUUCACAUGAAGGACACGGAGUUGUUAUGUGGGGACAAUCAUUUGAAAAACUCCUCGAAGAUCCAGCCGGACUUCAUACCUUCGCUGAAUUCCUUAAGAAAGAAUUCUCAGCUGAAAAUAUCUAUUUCUGGACAGCUUGUGAAAGAUAUAGACAAAUUGCAUCGAAUGAAGAACGUGCCGCCUUAGCGAUGGAUAUAUUUGUGAAGCAUUUAGGGAAUGGCGCUCUGGAACCGGUGAAUGUUGAUUCACAAGCGCGGAACAUAGCAGAAGAAAAUCUAAAGGCAGCUGAUCGCAAUCUCUUUACUCCGGCACAGAAGCAAAUUUUCAAUUUGAUGAAGUUCGACAGUUAUCAGAGAUUCAUUCGAUCGGAUCUUUAUAAAAAGUGCAUUGAGGCCGAAGCAAAAAAUCAACCUCUGCCAUAUCCUGCGGAGCAGCUUGACGAAGUCUUGAUUACGAAUCUCGCUAACAUGCCUGGUCACACGAAGCUUAAAAAAUCAGCAAGUAACGCGGAAGAUCGUCGUCGUAAAAGUAUCCUUCCAUGGCAUCGUAAGGCACGUUGUAAAUCACGCGAUCGUGCUGACUCUGAAAGCCAAAGUAACACCAAAACUCCGAGUAGCAGCAAAUCUUCAUCGGGAAAUACUCUAAAACCUCAUUCAACAAAUUCAACCAGUGAUAUUCAUAGUUCACGAAGCUCUCUGUCCAGUUUUGAUGCUGCCACUGCAUUUGCCGGUGGCUCGGACGAUCUGAAAACUUCACUUUGUCGUGUGAUACUUUGCAAUGGAGCAACAACCAUUGUUCAAACAAGGCCCAAUGAGACUAUAAGACAAUUAGUGGAGAGAUUACUGGAGAAACGUGGAAUUCAGUAUAAAUUCUUUGAUGUUUUGAUUAGUGGAGGAAUUGGUAAGCCAUUGGAGCUGGAUCAACCGUCUACAGAACUGGCAGGAAAAGAAGUGGAGAUUGAGCAACGUGUUGCCUUCAAAUUGGAUUUGCCUGAUCCCAAGGUGAUUUCGGUUAAGAGCAAACCGAAAAAGGCAUUGGGUGAUGUCUUGAAGCCGAUCUUGCAGAAGUAUAACUAUCGGAUCGAGGAGGUUCAGGUUCUUAUUCGAGAAACACAUGAACCUCUCACAAUGGACUUGCCAGUUACCGUAGCGGACGGGCUUAGGUUACAAGUUGUUUUGUUGAACUUAGAAGGUUGGCAACAAAAUCACACACAACAACUACAUCAGCAACAACAAUCACAACAAAAACGUCCUAGUCAAGUACCUACCUAUCAGAACUCAUCGAAUUUGCAACUACCGCGGGUUCUUCCCUACCCAGCGAAAAUUAUUCGUCCUGCAAAUCAGCAAGUCACCCUAGACGAAAUCACCAAUAAAGUCUUCAAUGAGCUACUCCAAGGAAAGGCGAAAGCCCAUGCCGGUCAACAGCAGCAACCCACAUCGAAGGUUUUUGAUCAAAAUUCUGAGAAGUCUGACGAUUGUGCAUCUGAAUCAUCAUCAAUAUUUGAUAAAAUUCGUCGAAGAGAGUCAAGUUCUGCCGGAAUUAAAAUGGCACGUCCUAAGAAAAUAAUACUUCCAAAUAAAACAUCGACAGCUGGUUCUGAAGAUGGAUUGAGCACUAGCACUCAGACGACAACAAGUAGUGAUCCAAAUGCCACUGGCAUAAAGAAGCCAUUGAUAGCGAAAUGGAAGACAGGAGUCAAAUUACAAGUGACUGGUCAUCGAACGGAAAAACAUGAAGAAUUUCUCGAAGGUCUGAAAAGAGCUCAACGGGCUCGCCUCGAAGACCAACGUGGCACCGAAAUCAAUUCGGAACUUCCUGACUUUCUCAAAAACAAGGAGAAUCUAAAUGCCAUCAACAAGCUUCGUAAAACCAAUCAACUACCAAAUGAUUCGUCCACGCCCCAAAAGCAAACAGAGCCAGUCCCAUCGGCAAGGAGCAGCCUCGAUUCAAGCGUUCUUCCCCCGCUAGGCGAUCGUCCACAGCCGGCUCCUCGCUACUCAAUCACAAAGUCCAACACUUGUGCCAGUAUCUUCCCAACCAAAUCCAUCGAUCUGAAUGGAAACGCCCGAUCAGAUGCAAUGAAUACAAGCAUGACUAGCAGCAAUGGCAACAAUAUUAGCCCGACGCGAUCGUCAACGUCUAAUGAUUCCAAUAUCGAUUAUGAAUCGACCGAAUCGAAAGCACCACCACCGCCAUUACCCCCGAAACCAAAAAUCCUUCCGAUGAAACCAUCGAAUUGGGGACAAUCUCCGCAAUCAGCCAAUUCAUCGCCUAGCAAAAUACAAGUUAUUGAUAAUUCAGUAUCGGCAGCUGCACGACGCCAUUUGAACUUGGACCAUCAGCAUUCGAAUAGUCACAAUGUGUAUUUGGAUCAGCCAACAAGCAGCUUCGUUUAAACUAGUUAUGGAUUUAGGAUUAGGUGUGAUGUGAAAAAAGAUGUGUUUUUCAUCAUUUUGUAAAUUAUAUCUUCCGAAUAGUAUUAAAGAGUUAACUUUUAAGGAAGAUGCCAUGCAAGAAUUGCAGAAAUUGGUAUUGAAGAAUCUUCACGUUUGAAAGGGAUCCUGUUGUUUUUGCAAGAAACGGAAAUUGGAUAAUGAAGCGGUAACUUUGUGAGUGAUGAAAUUACUAGAUCGGUAUUUAUGAAAUUUUUUAUAUUCUGUGUAUAAAAUGUAAGAGAAAAUCUACAUUAAUUUAUUGCGAUAAGAUACAAACGUAUUUUUAGUUGAAAUAAAUAUGAAUAUCAUUUGCGUA